AUCACGUUUCUCUGGGGGGGGAAACAACACAAGCAAAAACAACACGCACUUCAAACGUCCGUUUAGCUCAAUGACACACAGACCGAGAAACACAGCUCGUGUGUUAGCACAUAUACAUCUAACGGUGGCAACACGCGACGGGGCGGAUGGUCGGGCGAGUCCCACGGACAGUAGCACAACAACACAGAGGAACUGACCAAUCACAGCUCUGCGCCUGCUUGAUGACGUCAGAUCGUUUUCAUCCCACUGAUCUGCAGUCAGCUCCCCGACAGAGGAAGUCUCCGCCGCCGCCACUAGGGGGCGAUGUUCUGCGCCCAGACAGCAGGAAGUCAAAUAACGUCCACAUCACAUCCGUGAACCAGAGCAGCAACAAAAGGUCCGAGGCAGUUCCACCAAAGUUCUGCUGAGACAGUCUGUAGAUGCCAUCUGGAGCUCCAUCGGGGGAGAACUGUCUCGUAGACAUGGACAGCAAGGCUGGAGAUCUGUUCAGUGCUGAGGAUGCUCAUCCAACUGGCACAGGUGGAGCUGGAAUCUUGGCCAGGCUCUGGCUCCCCAAAGGCCUCUCAGCCAGUAUGGCUAAAGAGUGGAUCACCAAGCGUCGACUGUCCAUUCGACCGUGGGCCACCUUCGUGGACCAACGCAAGUUUUCAAAACCUCGCAACUUUGGAGAGUUAUGUCAGAGGGUGGUGAAAAACGUGGACACUUUCAACAGCAACUACACCUUCAUCUUCCUGGGUCUCAUCCUCUACUGCAUUGUCAGCUCUCCCAUGCUACUGAUUGCCUUGGCUGUGUUUGCUGGUGCCUUCUACAUAAUUCACCUCAAGUCCCUGGAGUCCAAACUGGUUGUCAUGGGCAAGGAGCUGACUGUCCCUCACCAGAUGAGUCUGGCUGGAGCGGUUUCUCUCCCUGUGUUCUGGUUGGCCGGCGCUGGAGCUGCAGUCUUUUGGGUUCUUGGAGCGACGCUGUUUGUGAUUGGCUCUCACGCUGCGUUCCGUGAGCUGGAGGCAACUGAUAUGGAAGAGCUACUCAUGGAGCCCGUGUGAAGAGUACUGAACCCUCUGCUGGUCGACAAUCAGUCAUCACUGUUACUUUGUAAUCACGUUAGCCCAGAGGAGCUGAGGAAGAACUGCUCCUAGAUCUGUUCCUUAGCUAUGCCUGUGUCCUAUAUUCCCUGUAUUAGAAUGUCCCUGGUCUUGCCUCUUAAGUAGUUAUUGUUACAGACUCAUUCAUACACAUUACCUUCCAUAUGCAGACAUUAUUAAUUUGAUUUAAGCACAUUACCAUACACAUGAUAUGCCUUUCUCUACGUACAGUAUGUUAAACCUUGGAUGCCUCGGGUUUGUGUCAAAUAGCCUCUUGCUUCCUGCAAUGUCUCAUAAACAGUGACAUAUCUUUCAACAUAUUAAUCUCUGUUGCAGAUAUCUUCAGAAGUAGCUUCUGGGUCCAAACCAUCUGACAAGAUGGAUGCUUUCUUAUGUAAAGAUAAUAUACAGUAAAUGCAGUGUUUGCAAUUCUAAACUGCUCAGAAAAUAGCUCAGAUUAAUUUUCCAAAGGAAAAGUGCCAUUUAAAGCUUUAAGAUGAUCAUGCACAAAGAACACAACAUGUUUUAUUUAAGAGGAUACAAAAACAAAUUUGGUAUCAGAUGGAGUACUAGAUAGGUCUUAAAAGGUCAGUGCAUAGUAAUAGUGUUUUGUAUUGGGGAUAAUAUGCUACUUUGGUGUCAGAGCUGAAGGUUACUCUGUAAACAUGAAAUCAUUCUUCUUCUUUUUUAAAUUCAUUAAUCAUAUGUUUACAUUUUGAUGUAAGUUGGGUGUUUUUGUAUUCUGGAAGUGCAAUAAACCCCUGAUGUAAAGA